UUGAAGGUAAAAAAAUAAUUAAAAGAAAUCGUUAUCCUGUUACUGUGUUACGGUGUUAGAGAGAGAGAGAGAGAGAGAGAGAGAGGAGAGAAUGGCGGGAGCGUUGGGGAGCGUGGGGGCCGUGCUCCCGCGCUGCAGCUUCCUCCUAAACCCUAGUCGAACCCUAAUGAGACCAACAAAGCCCUCGCUCGCCGCGGCGAUUCGCGCCUCACCGUCCCCCACCACCGCUACCGCCACAAUCGGAGCCAACGCUGAGCUUGCUCUAGAGGCAAAAGUUGAAUCUAGAAGGAACAAAUUAGCUUGUCCAAUUUGUUAUUAUCCUUUGAUAACUAAAAAUGAUCAAAAUUCAGCAUCCACAUAUGGUUACACCCUUGAAUGUAAUUCUUGCAAGAAAGCUUACCUCAAUAAUGAAACAUAUAUUGAUCUCACAGUUGCUGGUGGUUCUGAGGACUACUCUGAGACUAUGCCUGCUGCAACAGAACUUUUUAGGACCCCGCUGGUAUCGUAUCUUUAUGAGAGGGGAUGGCGUCAAAAUUUUGUGUGGGGCGGGUUUCCUGGUCCAGAAAAAGAGUUUGAAAUGGCUAAGGACUAUCUAAAACCAACAAUAGGAGGAACAAUUGUUGAUGCAAGUUGCGGUAGUGGCUUAUUUUCAAGGCUAUUUGCUAAGAGUGGAAUGUAUUCUCUUGUUAUUGCGUUGGACUUCUCUGAAAAUAUGUUGCGGCAGUGCAAUGAAUUCAUUAAGCAGGAGAACAUCUCAAAAGAGAACUUAAUCUUGGUGAGGGCUGAUAUAUCCAGGCUUCCUUUCUCUUCAAGUUCCAUCGAUGCUGUACAUGCAGGUGCUGCCAUACAUUGCUGGCCAUCGCCCUCUACAGCUGUUGCAGAAAUAAGUCGAGUUCUCCGCCCUGGAGGUGUUUUUGUUGCCACAACUUUCAUUCUUGAUAUUCUCCCUUCAACUAUUCCUGUGCUGAAAACAGUACGGCAGUAUUUUGCUCAAGCGACGAGCAAUACCAUCUAUCUAUCAGAAGGUGAGCUCGGAGACCUUUGCAGAGCAUGUGGGCUGGUUAAUUUCACAUGUGUGAGAAGCGGACCUUUUGUAAUGCUCUCGGCGAGUAAACCAAGAUAGUUUGUAUUCUUUUUCCCUAACUAAUCUUCUCAUUUUAUUUUAUAGUCAUUUGUCAUUCAUCACUACUCGGGACGCGUGAUGGAUGAACAUGAUUUAAUCAUUUUGAGGACCUGUCACAGUUUCAUCUUUUUUAUUCUAUAUAGAACCAAGGAGGAAAAAUGUAAAAUAUAUGCUGUUGAGUAGUUCCAGUAAUAUUCAAUUGGUCAACUGUUCUCUGCC